UCUUUCUUGGUCAAAGGCACAAUAUCCACUAGCAAAUGUAUAUUAUAUUUGUAAGCAUGCAUUAGAAAAGUCAAAUUCAUCAUCUCAAGGACUCAUCAGAGACCGACGGCAUGUGGAGACUGGAGACUUUAGAGCAGGUAUUGCUAUAAAUUUCAAGAUUUUGUUUAUGGCAUUGGGAAAAUAUUCUGCUCUAUUGGGUUUUUCCGCAUAAAGGGGGCUCUUUGAUUAUUGACGUUAAUAGCAUAUACAGAUUCAAAACCUGAGAACAUUUACAGAUUAUUGAAGCUGAUAUAGAUUGUCAGUCCUGUGAAAAAGGCAAAGGGUCUCCUGGAAAUCUCCCUUGUGAUUUGUGACUCCUGACUUAUCAAUGGAAGAGAAGUAUGGAAUUGCGAAUAACAUCACUGAACUCAUAGGGAAUACCCCAAUGGUAUAUCUCAAGAAUGUUGUGGAUGGUUGUGCUGCACGUAUUGCUGCCAAAUUGGAGACUAUGAAUCCAUGCUCAAGUGUAAAAGACAGGAUCGCAUACAGUAUGAUAAAAGAUGCAGAAGAGAAGGGUCUAAUUACCCCUGGCAAGACGGUCCUUCUCGAGGUGACCAGCGGUAAUACUGGCAUUGGUCUUGCAUUCAUUGCAGCAACUAGGGGCUACAAACUUAUCAUAGUUAUGCCACACACGUAUAGUCUCGAAAGAAGGAUUAUCCUCCGUGCUUUUGGAGCUGAGUUAUACAUCACCGAUGCAGCAAUAGGUAUUGAUGGAAUUCUCAAGAAAGCCGAGGAAAUAAUGGAGGCAACACCAAAUUGUUUUUUUCUCAAGCAAUUUGAGAACCCUGCUAAUCCAAAGAUACACUACGAAACCACUGGACCAGAGAUAUGGAAAAACACUGAAGGGAAAGUUGACGCACUGGUUGCAGGAAUUGGAACUGGGGGUACAGUUACUGGUGCCGGAAAGUUUCUUAAGGAGAAGAAUGCGGACAUCAAAGUAUACGGAAUUGAACCUGCUGAAAGUGCAAUACUGAGUGGAGAAAAACCAGGUCCUCAUAAAAUUCAAGGAAUUGGUGCUGGCUUCAUCCCUCCAGUUUUAGACAUCAAUAUACUUGAUGAAGUUAUUCAAAUAUCAAGUGAUGAAGCUAUUGAAACGACAAAACUUCUUGCACUCAAGGAAGGUUUGCUAGUGGGCAUUUCUUCAGGUGCUGCUGCAGCUGCUGCGAUAAAGUUAGGAAGAAGGCCUGAAUAUGCUGGAAAACUCAUAGUAGUAAUCUUUCCCAGUGCUGGGGAGCGUUAUAUCUCUACAGUCCUGUUUGACUCGUUGCGGAUAGAAGCAGCAAACCUGAAUUUCAACUAAGUGCUCCACACUCGCACCUGCAUUUUCAGAAACAGUUCACAGGACUUUUGAGUGAUAUAUCUUUUUAUUUACCUUUUUUGAAGCUCAGCCACAACUGUAGCUGUUGAGUACUUCUUUGAUUAGUGGAAAGUGGCCUCUCCAUACAUGAUAUAGACACAGUUCCUCUUGUUGCAGAAUUCUCUUCCACCUAGUUUGUCCUUUGUCAUCAUACUUUUGUGUUGUAUCCUGAAGUUUUCCCUGAAGCCCUGGUCAACACCACUUUUGUUGAACAUGUUAAAUGACUUGCAAGCAUCUUGAUUACUAAUAUUACUUGCUACUUGGUUAUACA